GCGGCCCCGGAAGCACCGCCGGGACCCCUCCGCAGCCAUGUAGGGCCCGCGGCCGGGGCGGGACGCGACGCGCGGCCGUCGCCAUGGACGGCAGCGGCGCCGCGGCUCCGGCGGGGCCGAGCCUGCCCAACCUCACCCCGCGGCACCGGCAGCUCAUCCCCACGCCCUGCGGACCGAUAAAACCAUGUUCAGAGCUCUCAUUCCCUGUGAAGAUCUACUUCUGUGUCACUAUUUUGUCCCUGCUGAGUGUCAUAGGGCUGACCAUAGAGACACUGGUGCGCCAGACUGAGGAGGAUUUCACCAUUUCCUUCAUUCAGUUGGUUGGAGUUGUGUUCUGUGUGUAUUAUGUGAGCAGGGGCAUCCUGCAGGAGAACCGCCAGGAGCUGGUUGUGUUCGUGCUGUCCAUCCUGCUGCUGAUGCUGCGCUCCAUCAUCAACUUCACCCUGCUCCCCUCUGGGCAGAAAGCUCAGCUCCUGGCCCGGUUUGUGCUGAUCCUGCUGGUGGGUUCCUUCGAUGUCAUCUGUGCCCUGAUCCUCAUGCAGAGCCAGUCCAUGAUGGCAUUUCGGGUGGGGGGUGCCCUGGAGAGCCUGCAGUGCCAGUACUUCAUGCUCAACCUCUGCUUCUCCAUGCUCACUUUUGAUCUGCAGGCACAGCUGUGCCUGUGCAUCCUCCUGAUCAGCCUGCACGAGGUCACCCUGCUGCACAACAUCAUCUCAGCCACGGGAGUGCUCUGGGGCUGCCUCAAGGUCACCGUGGGCAUCAUUGCAAUUUUGAAAGAGCUGAAAGCUCUGGUGUGGAUAUUUGUGAUUCAGAACGUGCCUGAGGUGGUUUAUCUCAGCUACCUGCUCUACACGGUGAUAAGGGAGUGGGGCAAAGGCAAUUCCUACACCCUGGAGGCUGCUUUCAUCACUGGCUCCUGCAUUUCUGUGGCAAUAAAAUCUGUUCUGUUCUGGGCUCUGCUUCACGUCUACCGCAACUUCGGGCAGGGGCUGAGGGAGAGAAUGUUUUCUUCCUAUGGAAGGAUCGACUCCUGAGCCUCCCCUGCAGCUCUGAGUGAGUGAAGCCACCCCAGGAGCUCCUGACAAGGAUUUGCAUUCAGGGUGACAACAAAGAGUCACUUUGCCAGCAUGGGGGAGGUUCAGGAAGGUGUCACACAUUUCUUGGAGCAGCAGCACAGGUGGGACAGAGCUUAAAAAGCAAAAUGUGCUUGGGGAAAUUCCAGCUGCUCCUGCUGCCAGGACCAAGCACCUUUCACUCCUCUGGAAGCCCAGGGGGUUCACACCUGCAUGAGUGGGGAACGUUGCUCCUUUCACUGCUUUUUGCCUGGAUAGACACAAACAUCAUGAAGGAAAUUUUGCACAGCCAUGCUCUGUCCCUGAGCCUAGAAGGGGAUGGUGCUGCCAUCAUUUCCCAGCUUGGAGCUGCUGCUGAGCCCUGGUGGGUUGGUGACAGUGGUGUCCCCUUUCUAGGGCUCCUUUUCCUCCUCUGGCUUCAGAAUAUUUAAUUUUUUUUUAACCCCAGCUACACAUGAAAACUCCUCCUUGUAACCUCCCCCCUCCCUCAGUGUAACCAAGGUGCCAUUCCAUACCAGGGGGACUGUUACAAUGAAGCCUUUAAUAUUGUAAUUUAAAAGUUUGGUAUUUUAUUGACUGGAACCUUUAACUACUGGCUAUUUUUUAAUAAAGGAUAAGCACAGUU